AUGGAGAGGAUGAUUGUUUUCUGUAUGCUGCUCUUCUGUUCCAGUGCAGUGCUGACUGCAUCUCCAUAUGAUACAGUCAAAUACAAACAGAUUCUCAAGACAAUUGAACACUUAAACAGCACAGUGAAAGAUAAGGGUGCUGAAUUGGUGCAUACACCAGAAAACCCUGUGGAUGGAUGCCGUUCCAUGGCCGUGGCUUGCUUCCAGAAGGGCGUACUGAAACUGCAACCAGAAAACAGCCAAGUGAAUUCCACAUUCACCAGAACCGUUAAAAUCUUGAGGAAAUUCACCUUCAGAGAGCCUGGAAAGCAGUGUGAGUCUUCAUGUGAAUCUUAUGAGAAGAAAACCCCCAGAGAGUUUCUGAAGAGCUUUGCAAAACUAAUGAAAGAGUUUGCUAAGUGCACUCAAAUCAAUCUCCUAGAAGAGCCUGUUGAAAUUGUUGUUGUGCAGAUGAAAUGUGAUUAG